UGCCGGUGCUUCUUCUGCUGGAUGGUAGCAAGGAAGGAAGAGCUAAGCGCCGACACCUUAUAUAGCAGCACCCGAGUCAGGUGCUCAACACGUGUGCCAACCGCGGAAGCAGCUGCCGGAGCAGCUUCUGGUGCCUCUGUUCUGGAUCUGGAUCUGUUCCGUGCUGCGUUCGUUCUGCUCCCGCCCUGCUCCCGUCCGGCUGGCCCUCGCUAUAUAUACCCUCAGCAAGUGCCUUUAGGUUUGAAAGCUCCUGUUCUCUCAGGUUGGCCAUUCUCGACUUGUUAUCUUUAUGCCACUCCAGCUGCUUUGCUACUUCUACUAACUGUCUGUCUCGCUUCUGUUCCUGUUCAUUCUGCUUCUUCUGUUUUGACAUGAUUUCAAUAUUCACCUCAGCUUUAUCUGCCUCUCCUUCCACACCCAAUGCCAAUCUCACCGCCAAAUCUCCCUCUGCUGAUUCCCAGCUUCCCUCCACUUCCACUUCCUCCUCCGACCCCAAUUCUGCUGCUACUGACGAUAUAGACAAUGUUGACGAUAUCGACGAAGUCGAUGACCAAGGCCAGUCGAUAUUGAUGGGCAUAAUCUCACAACUAAGGCCAGGCUGUGACUUGUCCAGAAUCACCUUGCCCACCUUCAUACUCGAGAGAAAGUCAAUGCUAGAAAGAAUCACCAACCAGCUCCAACAGCCCGAUAUCCUACUCAAGGCUAACUCCACCCAAGACCCCACUGAACGAUUCCUACUUGUCUUGAAAUGGUAUCUCUCCUCCUGGUUCAUCGCUCCUAAGGCUGUUAAAAAACCUCUAAACCCAGUCUUGGGCGAGUACUUUACCUCCUACUGGAAUCUAUCAAAUGGCCACUCUGCCUACUACAUAUCCGAACAAACCUCCCACCAUCCUCCAAAAUCUUCCUAUUUCUACAUGAUUCCCGAAUCCAACAUUAGAGUGGAUGGCACCGUAAUACCAAAAUCAAAGUUUCUAGGUAACUCAACUGCUGCCAUGAUGGAAGGUUUGUCUAUUCUAAGAUUCCUUGACAUCAAAACAAACACAAAUAAAAAUGCCAAUACCAAUACCAAUACCAAUCCUGAAGAAAACAAAAUCCUAUUGGAAAACCAAAUUGAGGAAGAUUCAAAUCCCAACAAAUCCGCUCAAGUCGACUACGAAUACUACACUCUCACACAACCAAACAUGUACGCCAGAGGUUUGCUAUUUGGUAAAUUAAAACUAGAAUUGGGUGACCAUAUGAUCGUAAAAUGUCCCUCUUCAAAUCUCGUAGCAGACAUUGAAUUUAAAACAAAAGGCUUUAUCUCUGGAACUUACGAUUCAAUCCAAGGCUACGUCAAAGACCUCUCAAAAAACAUAAACCUAUUCGAAUUAUCCGGCAAAUGGAACGACCAAAUCUUCAUCAAAAACCUCUCUUCUUCUCUCAACCUCUUCUCUCCUCCCUCAAACGAGCUAUUCUUUGACGUCCACUCCUCUGUUCUCUAUCCCCCUCUAGUAAGACCCCUAUCUGACCAAGGCGAAUUCGAAUCGAAAAAACUAUGGAACAAAGUAAUCAUUGCUCUAAACAAAAGAAACCACGACCUAGCUACCAACGAAAAAUUCAAAAUCGAAGACAACCAAAGACUAUUAGCUAAAAAGAGAAUCCAAGAUGGCGUCGAAUUUCAUCCAAAACUAUUCAAAAAAAAUCCAAACUACAAUCCAACCGACACUUCCGCCAGUUCACUCUCGUCAACAACUGACUUGAAUCUUUCUGAUCCUUUGGAAUUUAUAUUAUACAAAAAUAUCCCAAUCAACGACUCUCCAGAAAAUAAAAUCAAGGCUAUUUUAUCAGUAGCUCCAAUUCUACCAGGCCAGUCUUUUACUCCUGAAUUUGAAAUUCCUACUUAUAAAAAACCUCAAUUGAGUUAAAGUUAAUAAGAUUAAUAAGAUUAAUAAGAUUAAUAAGAUUAAUAAAUUAAUCUGAUUGAUUUCACCUACCUCACCAACUCCAUUUGAGGUCGAAUCCACACUCACCUACUUUGCUCAGCUCAUUGAUAUAUUCAUUCACGUUGAUCCUAUUUUUUUCAUCUCACUCAUAAUUAGUACUUUAAUAUUUUCAAUGCUAUUCAAUCUUAAUCUUUUAUUUUGAUUUUUACUCCCUCAUUUUAUCUCUCUUUUAUAUACAACUUUCUUUUUCCCUUUUUCGUUUUUCUUUGGUUUUUUGU